CACUGGGUGAUUAAUUAGUUUUACAAGAUUUAUACGCAUAUAAUAGAUGCUUAAGUAAUGACUUCAUGAUCCCAUGAUUAAGUCGACUACCUUCAAUCAUGCGGCCAUCAUUGCGCCCUUUCUUUCCCAAUUGUUUUAUUAUUUUUGAAACACCAAACUCAUUGUUUUUUUGUGUUGUAUGAUUGAUAAGAGGAAAACUGUUUACGUUUCAUGAAAUAAUUAGGGUUUGCUUCUCUUUUUCUCUAGAGAGUGUAUGAUUACAAUCGCAGUUCAUGCAUAUUCCAUCAUCAUUUAACUUGGACCAUCACAUGCAAUAGUAUUUGGAUAUUCUCCGAAUUUAAUAGUUUACUACUACCGACUACGUUAUUUAUCUAUAAUUUUUGUUUAUCUAUCAACUGCGAGAUCAUAUUAUUAGACAAGUAAAGUUGGUAGCUAAAGUAACAUGCUAAUCGUGGCUCCCUUGUCAUUCACCAUCUUUUAUUUUCAGCUUAUUAUUGUUGACGAGUGAUGAGUACACAGAAAUGUAUCUAAUUAUAAUGUUAACUCUUUGGUACAUGCAUUUAUUUUUAAUGAUUUUUCUUAUUAUUUGUUCACUCUCAUUUGUAACAAAACCAAACUCCUUUGUAUUUUAAAUAAUUAAGUUAAUAUACUAGCAGCUAUGAUCAAAGUCAGUCCGAUCUAAGCAUCAGAUUUGAGCAGAACCAUUUAUGAAAUCACUAGUAUACAAUCCUUGAGAAAUGAAUAAAACAUGUUACCAAGUGGCAAAUCAUUUGAUAAUUAUAUAUUUUGAUUGACUGAUAAUUGUUAUAUCAUAGCCUCAUAGGCCACAAUUAACUCAACGGCAGUGCUAUUUUUUAAAUGAUGUUCAUAUUGGAAUAAAGAUAAAAAUAUAUUUAUAGAAUAUAAAAAUGAGAAAAGGAAAGGUGCAUGCAUGCUCUUAUAUAAAAGGGUUGUCAAAGGGAUACCAACACACAUUCCUUCCCUCAUUUUUCUUCUCCUUCAACUAGAAUAAAUAAUCUAAACCGGAUAUCAAGAAUAUAAACCGGAUACAGAACGAUGAACACAUCCAAGACCAAGAAGAAGCAAGAAGAGGUUGGUACAAGGUUUCUUGGGGUGAGAAGGAGGCCUUGGGGAAGAUACGCAGCUGAGAUAAGAGACCCAACUACAAAGGAACGUCACUGGCUUGGAACUUUUGAUACGGCCGAGGAAGCUGCCUUGGCUUACGACAGAGCUUCUCGGUCCAUGCGUGGUACUCGUGCCCGAACCAACUUUGUCUACUCAGACAUGCCUCAUUCCUCCUCCGUCACCUCCAUUGUUUCUCCUGACGAUCCUCCUCCUCCACCUCCUGCUGCUUCUCCUACUUGUCCAAAUGAUCCUGUCGAUUACAUGCUGAUGUUUAACCAAUAUUCAUCUACUGACUCGCCAAUGCUGCAGCCUCAGUCUGAUCAAGUGGACAGUAGUAGUUACAUGUUUGGUGGCUCCCCUUCUUGUUAUUCUAACAGCAGCUGCGAGCUGCCUCCUCUGCCGAGCGACUUGUCUAGUUCUUGUUACAGCCAACAACAAUGGAGCGUGGGAGAUUUCUCCUCCGCUAACUAUUUCGAGGGUGAGUACGUCCACAGCCCAAUGUUCAGUAGAAUGCCUUCGGUUUCUGACUCUUUGACUCAUGGUUUCAACCACUUUGGUUCAUAUAAUUAAACAUCUUCUCAUCCAUAUUUAAUUUAUUUUCACAUUUGUAUCUUUAUUUUUGUAUUUCAUUAUGUUUAGCCGUCCUUGAUCUCUUUCUAUGAUCAAAGUGACUGUUUGUCUUUCAGUAAGGAGUUUAGACCAUCAUUAUCGCUAAAAACCAUUCACGGUA